UUUGAGUCGCGGUUGCGUCGUACGCGUACAGAUUUGGGAUUGGUUUUUUGCUUUUAGUCGUUACGUUUGCUUUGUGCGCCUGUGGAACCUUCAGUGUUUUAUUGCAUUCACCUGAUUCACCUGUCGCUGCGCGUGUAACUCGAUUUAUUAUUGUGCCUCGAAGGAUCAUCUUUUGUGCGUCCCUUCCAGCCGAAGUGCUACUUCCGUCGCAUCCGGUAGUUUUUGGUGUCCUUUUAUCUGACCGUGCGUUUAACAUUUUUUCUUCAAUGGUUUUCCGGACAAACCGCAGAAAAGCGAGUAUACAACGUCAAAUGAACUACAAUUUGUAGCCACCUGAAAAGUAAGGGUUAAAUUUGUUUUUGUGCGUCCGUUUCACUUUUAUUGGUCAGUUUGUGGUUUGAACGCAGUUCCGUGCGGGGACUCGUAGUGUGGAUUACGGAGGUUUCUGUUAAGGAAGUGCAAGAAUUUGUAGACCGGCGCUGACGGUGCCGGCAACGGCGACUAUCGCGUGCUACCAACCAACCCUUUCUAUUAUUUACACUUUCAUGUCCCCUCGAAAUUGGAUAAUUUGGCGCCGUAACGAGGAUCCUUGCUCGUUCAGAUCCGGACAUCUGCCCUAAAGGUUUGGAAUUUUUGGUGUUCAGGAGGCACUAUCUGUUCGUUACACCUGACUCGGUGACAAAGGAUUACGUGUGCCUCUGACGGAUUUUCACCGGUGAUAGUUUCUAAGAAACCUGAUUUCGAAAGUGCUUUAAGGAUGUGGUUAAUAGUGCCAGUGACCGGGAUUCAUAUUGUGCCCAACUGAUAAUGAGAUAUCAUGUUUGUUGUUGCAUUUUAACGGAAAUCGUGUACGACAAUUCCAUAAAUUUGGAAAAUUCUCUCGGUGAUGGAAAAAGGAUGAAAUUGUCUCGCUGAUUUAUAGUGGAGUAUCUUAGACGGUGUGAUCAUGCUGCGUCCUUCGACGUCUCGUUCAAACAUAUUUCCUAUCAGUGGAAAGUGCUCAUGAAUUUCUGAAUGAAUAAACGGAUUAGAUACGGUUUCGCGCGGGGUUGAAAGAUUCAACGUUAAAUCUUAGCAACAACGCCACAAGGAUAUUUGUGGAGUACUUAAAUAAUGUUACUGACUAGAAUGUUUAAAGGAAUUCAUAGAAAAAUGAGGCGAAGCGACUGUUUUUGGAUAGUCGCUUUUGUUCUCUUUACGCUAGUUAAUAAGGUUUUAACAGCCGGAAAUUUCGAGCUGCAAAUAUUAGAAAUAUCAAACACAAAUAGUCACCUGUUAUCUGGUUACUGUUGUGGUGUUCCUUUAGAAAUAAGAAGUACAAAAACUACUGGUUGUCCGCCAUGUUCAACCGCGUUUAGGCUGUGUUUAAAAGAAUAUCAAAGUUCGAUGCCAGCGGAACAAGGCAUCUUAACUGGAUGUUCGUUUGGAAAUGCUAGUACGGAUAUACUGGGCGGAUCCAGUUUCGUGCUGAGCGAUCCAGAAAUAGGUUCAAUAGUAUUGCCAUUUACCUUUCGAUGGACGAAAGCAUUUACGCUCAUACUACAAGCUUUGGAUUUGUAUAACACCUCCUAUCCAGUUUCUGAACAACUAAUUGAGGAAACAUCGUUCUCGGGCGUAAUAUUGCCUUCGCCCGAAUGGAAAACAUUAGAUCAUAUAGGAAAGAAUGCACGAAUCACGUACAGGGUGAGAGUGCAAUGCGCUGCUACAUAUUACAAUACGACGUGUACGACAUUUUGUCGACCACGAAAUGAUCAAUUUGGUCAUUACACAUGCGGCGAUGAAGGUCAAAAGGUCUGCCUCCCUGGAUGGCAGGGGGCUAACUGUGAGAAAGCCAUUUGUAAGCUAGGAUGCGAUCCAGUGCAUGGGAAAUGUGAUAAUCCUGGUGAAUGCGAAUGUAGACCAGGUUGGCGAGGACCGUUAUGUAACGAAUGUAUGGUUUAUCCAGGAUGUAAACAUGGGUCGUGCAAUGGAAGUGCAUGGCAAUGUUUGUGCGAUACAAAUUGGGGCGGAAUUUUAUGCGAUCAAGAUCUCAACUACUGUGGAACCCAUGAACCGUGCAUGCACAGUGGUACCUGUGAAAAUACAGCACCUGAUCAGUACCGGUGUACAUGCGCCGAAGGCCUAUCUGGUAUCCGAUGCGAGAUUGUUGAACAUCCAUGUGCAACGCAGCCUUGCAAGAACGGUGGCACGUGCACCCUGAAGGAAUCUGAUUUUAACGAUUCUGGAGGUGGUGGAGGAUCAGCCGAAAGGAAUGGAGGUAGCUCUGGAUCGUCUUCAGUUACAUCAAUGAUUGUACGUGGGAUGCGAGGAAUGAGUUCAAUGGGUAAGCCUGUAGGGAGUAGCGGAAGAAAAGCGGAUGGCCGAAGUUCUAGCAGCAGUACAUUAUUAAAAAGUGUUACACCGCCACCAGUUGCGGAGUUUACUUGUACUUGCUCCGCAGGAUGGACAGGACCUACAUGCGAAAUAAACAUCGAUGAAUGCGCUGGAGGUCCAUGCGAGCACGGAGGCACCUGCAUCGAUCUGAUCGGUGGCUUUCGAUGUGAAUGCCCACCUGAAUGGACCGGAGAUGUGUGUCAACUUGAUGUCGACGAAUGCGACUCGAAUCCAGCCUCGAGCCUGGGACCAUGCAUUAACGCCCAAGCUUGUCAUAAUACGCCUGGAGCCUUUUCUUGUGAAUGCCUUGAGGGCUGGGGCGGACCCACCUGUGCAAAGGAUUUAGAUGAUUGUGUGGGACAGUGUAAAAAUGGUGCGACAUGCAUUGAUUUGGUGAAUGAUUAUCACUGUGCUUGUGCGACGGGAUUUACAGGUCGCGAUUGUGAGACAGACAUCGACGAAUGUGUUAAUUCACCAUGUCGAAAUGGUGGCGAGUGUGUGGAUUUAAUUGGAAAUUUCAAGUGUAUAUGUCCGGUUGGAUAUUCAGGAACAUUAUGUGAGGAGGCGAAAGACCAUUGCACUCCAUCACCCUGUAUCGAGGGAAGUUGCUUGAAUACUCCAGGAGGAUAUUAUUGUCAUUGUCCACCGGGUAGAUCCGGAAAACACUGUGAGCUGGCACGUGCUCCAUGUGCAAAUCCAUCGUGUAAUGAUGGAUGUUCACCGCCAGCUAAUGAGACCUUGAAUUCGGUACCCUGCAGUGGGCAUGGUAAAUGCGAAUCAACAGAUAAUGGUGGCUUUCAUUGUAGUUGUCAUUCAGGCUACACCGGACUAUAUUGCGAACACAAUCUUAACGAAUGUUCUCCAAAUCCAUGCAAGAAUGGUGGAAUCUGUUUGGAUGGUGAUGGUGAUUUUACAUGCGAAUGCACCUCAGGAUGGACAGGUAAAAUCUGUACAGAACGAGCUACUCAGUGUUUACCUGGACAAUGUCUGAACGGUGGAUCAUGCGUGCCAAUAAAUAAAGUAUCAGUGUGUCGUUGCACUUCAGGAUGGGGCGGUCAAUUUUGUGCUGAGCCGGUAGAUCAGUGUCAAGGUCAGCCCUGCCAUAAUGGAGGUACUUGUGAAUCGGGUCCUGGUUGGUUUCGAUGCGUCUGCGCUCGAGGUUUCUCUGGACCAGAUUGUCGUAUCAAUGUCAAUGAAUGCUCUCCACAACCUUGCCUUGGAGGGGCCACCUGUCAGGAUGGUAUUGGAGGAUUCACCUGUAUUUGCCCACCUGGAAGGCAUGGGAUGAGAUGCGAGAUAUUGCUUUCAGAUCCUGGAUCUGUUUGUUUGAAUACAACGACCCUAUCUCCUUACAACCCCCUCGGGUUACCAACUAACGAAAUAAAUAAAACAACCGAUUCGAACCGCUCAAACGAGGAGAAUUGUAAUGCAUGCAUCUGCGAAAGUGGAAGACCGAAAUGCACGAAUAUUUGGUGUGGACUGCCAAAUUGUUUGGCUAAUUCAACGACAUGUGAAAGUCACGAGGUUUGCGUGCCGUCAUUGCAGGAAACAUGCCUGUCACCGCCAUGUGAGCCCCGCGGCGACUGUCGUUCACUGGAACCAUCCAAAAGAGUUGCACCACCAAAGCUGCCCGCCUCGCCUGAUUGCUGGCCGAAUCAAGCAAUACUCAAUGAAAAUUGUGCUCGAAUAUCAAUACUUCUGGAAACUAAGCACAUAAUUAGUGGAGCUUCUGUUGAAGGGAUUUGCUUAAAUCUGCGUUCUUUACUAUCUGCUCGUUUGGUCAGGCAUCCAUCGUCCACUGCUCAGUUGAUCAUUCUUUGUGACAUAAAAAGUGGAAGUAACGAUACUAUAGAAGUGACCAUGUCUUCAUCGACCAUUGAAGAUAGUCAAUUGUCGCUGGCCGUUCGACUGAUGGGCGAAAUUUUAUCGCGACAUAGUAGCCGCAAUCAACCCGAAGCGGCUGCUCUUACGUCUGUAUUGGAAGUAAAAGUAGAGACGGCGUUAAUAUCAAAUGAAAGAAGUGGUUCCGGACUCUUAAUUGGAAUUUUAUGCGGUGCUGCAAUAGUAACCUUUGGAUUCGCAACCUUUCUAAUAUUGGUGUGGAAACAAAGAAUUUCAAUACGCUCUGGUUCGGGAGCUAACCUUUCACCUUCAAUGGACACCUCCCGACAUGACGAGGAAAAAUCUAAUAAUUUACAGAAUGAGGAGAAUCUUCGAAGAUACGCUAACCCGCUGAAGGGAAGUUCGAGUUCCUUACGAGGUGCUAUGGAAUUAAGUCUUACCCCAGCUCCCGAAGUAUCAGCGAUUUCCACUAUAGCUGGACCAAGUGCUUUACAUCGAUCUCAACCUCUCUAUCCGCCUUGCGAAUCCGAUUUCGAUAAAGACAUCGAGAACCCGAAAGUUCAGCACAAUCGACGAAGCUCACAAAUCCUUCUACAUAAAACACAAAAUUCAGAUAUGAGGAAGAAUACUGUAGGCUCAAUCGAAAGUCCGCACAAGGAUUUUGGUAAGCGGUCGAUAAACUGCCAAUCGAUUCCGUCGGCCAUAGUCGAUUCCGAAGUGCUAACUGUACAUGUAUGAAGCAGAGAACUGAGAUAAAUUUUAUUAUCGCAUGUGACUCUAGCCUAGUUAGAUGUUAAUAUUAUCUUUGUAACAGACUUAUUUAAUUGCUAAUGCUAAUAUAGUGCUAAGUAAAUGAAAGUGAAGUUACAGUGAGGCAUCAGCAUUAAUUGAAUGAGGAUUUCCAUGACUGUCACACAAAGAUCCGUGGAAAGUUUUGAAGAUAACCAAAACGAAAUAUUUUUCAUCGGUAAACUGGUGCUGUUGCCUCACUGCGCCUAAUUACUUGUAUGCCUAAUAAUUCGAGCGAAUGUGAAAUUGUUAAAACAUGCUAAGUUGUAUUUUUAUUUAUUCACUAGACAGACAGGAAUAGAAGUGAUUUCACGUGACCAUUCCCUCUGAGCUAAUAUCUGUAAUAAUAGUGCUAGUGCUCGAAAAAAAUAUUUCAACUACUUAAACCGCAAUGAUUUCAGUUGGAAGGCUUUCCCCUUGAAAUUUUGUAUCUAUUCACAUAGUUUCCAGUAAGAUACAAUAAAAAUCACGUAUAGCAUUACCUUCGUAAGUCGGAUAGAAUUAUCUUUUUUGUAUAGAGAUUUUAUGUUUUAUUGUUGCCUAUUUUUUAAAUAAUUGUCUAUAAUCGAGAAUAAAAUAAAGUAUUGGAAUUUUAUUAACGUUAAGAUAUCGCCGAGAACUUUAUCAUUUGCCUCAAAAAUAGAUCUUGCCUGCCUACGAUGUAGUUUUUUAUACAUGUUCAUAAAUAGUUUCCUCACUAGCUACUUUCUACGUGCAAUUUCUUAAGAUUUUUCCUGUUGCAAACAACCUGUUUAUACUCGCAAACUACUUUUGUAAGCAUGUUCUCAUCCAGACUAAAAACCUAAUAGGUUUUUAUAUUUCGGCAAAAAUCAGUCAAAAUCCUACAAAUUUUAAAAUUAAAUAUCGCUCACAUUCCCAGUAAGCACUUUGAUUCUGCGCCCAUGCUAUGUAAUGGCUUACCAAAUCAAACAAGCGAAAAAUAAAAUUAUUUUUAAAGUAAUCCAUGAAAUUUUCGAAAUUUCUUGACGGUAGAGUGUGAUAUUAAUUAUUAAUUCAUACCUUAAGUGUAAGUUUCCUAAGGGUAUACAUGCUUCAUGUAUUUAAUAAAUUAUAGACAGUGAAAAAUGUAUAAAUAAGUGAUGGUUGUUUCCAACUUGUUUAAGUGCUCUCCAAACAACUUAUUGUAAAAAAUAGUGAAAUAGAUUUAUUAAACUAGAGAAAAAUUAUCAAAAGACUAUUGAAAGUAUAUUCUACCAAUGUGUAAAUAAAUUAUGUAAAUAACUCUUAGUUUUAUGUGGGCAUACAAAACUCAUCAAAACGGGCUCCAGAGACUGGUGAGAAAAUACAGUUCCACCCCCAGAAGUUACAAACAAAAUCCUAGAAAUAAAGUAAUUAUCACAGAUUUCCAGUUAUAUAAACACUGAACUAAUUCGUCUAUAAUUCAUUCACCAAAAUACUCGAAUUUCAAAUGAAAAACAGUAGCCUGGAAUCUUCAAUCAACUUCUGAUAGGAUGGUCUCCUAUCAAAGGAUUUGUUUUGGCCGUAGCUUUAAAAGUCUAAAUAUUACAACGAAUGAAAUGGCUAGGACCGAUUUGAAAUGUAUAUGAUCAGUACUAAGUACUUAAAUUAUUUUAUGCUUUUACUCUAUCUUACUUUCUUUUUUGGCUUUGACAGUUUGAAAACAUAUAUUCAUAAUCACAGUCAAUUAAAGUCGUAACUGAUCCUCCUUUUAAAGUUAGCAAGAUAUUUCCCAAAUACCAAGUGCUAAAUAAAUAAAUUCUAUCCAAUUUCUUCAAGUUUGAAAAGUCUGAAUAAACAUUUAAUGCAAUACUCAAAAUAGGAAUUAUUAAUUUUGAAAAUUUCCUCUUUUUAUAAGCCAACCAUUCCGAAAGAAAGAAUAAUGAGAAUCCGAUUGUGAAUUUUAUAUAAACAUAAUUAAGAAUUUAAGUGAAAAAAAUACGAAAAAAAUGUAAGUUGAAUAAAGCGUUUUAAUUAAAAUAUAUCUUUCCUUAGAAGUUAAUUUCAAACAUGUUUUGCAGGUCCUCAAGAGAAGCAAAUGGAAUGCAGAUGAUCUCAACUAUUC